GGAUAUUUUCCUAAAAGCUCUUAGAGGGUAAGGUUCUCGUCAGAAAGCGAUGUUGUGUGUGUAUUUGAGGACUUUAACUGCUAGGCAUGUGCUGACAGAAAUGGGAACAAGCUCGGGCUAAUUAAUUGGAAAACAUUGCCAUGUGCAUUUUAAUUUCCCUAUCGGAUUUCAAAUCUUUAAAAUACUAUCUGUUGACAUAUGUACGAUUAGCUCAGGUUUUUAUGAUAUAAACGGAGACAGAAAUACACAACACUUAGAAGGUUUUUUGUGAGGUAGUGACGAAGGGAUGUUUUGAUAUCUAGUUUUAAUUUUCUCCAGAAAUUCCUUCCCGUCUAGAAGGUGGACUGGUUAUCGCACGUGUAUUGACUGAGAGCUACCAGUGAGUUGACAAAGCGCGAUAAGAAAGAAGUGAAAGGGGGACUGUUUUAAUAACAACAGUGUUUGAGAGACACCGGCGGCUGUACAUUGUAUACUAAAACAUAUACACAAUUUCGGAAUCAUGAUGAUGAUGGCCGAUUACCGAAGCUGUCGGUAUGAACCAAGUCUCCAUACAUUUAACGGCGCUAACCCGCUCGGACCGGUGGAUGUGUCGGAGGGGCAGCACUUGACUGACCUCUCCUCCUAUCCCCAUGGGGGAUCUUCCAGCCAGGAAUCGUAUCACUACGGACACGCCGCCCAGCCUUAUCACAGAGGGCCUGGAUACGAGCGCCCUUACUCUUCCGACUUGUAUCAGUACCACAGCCCAACCAACACACCCCGGACCUACGGCCCGACCGCCCCCUCCACAGUCUCACCCACAGAACAGCGUCCGGGGGGUACCCGGUGUCGCACCUUGAAGGACAGACAAUUCCUAUCAUCUUCGCUCAAGGAGGACGCCAAGAAAGACAGACUGGACAGUAUGGACAGUGACGGAACUUCGAUCAAAGAGGAACCGUCUGAGGACGGAAGUGACAAGCAUAGUUCCACUUGUGGUUCCCCAAAGUCGGAAGAGGACGAUGACAUGAGCCCCGACACCCCCGAGGAGGGGGACGAGCAUGUACCCCAUGUGUUAGCCCCGGGGUACCAUGGACCAAACAGGAGGUGUCUCCUUUGGGCAUGCAAAGCAUGCAAACGUAAAACUGUUACGGUAGACAGGCGAAAGGCGGCCACCAUGAGAGAACGCCGGCGACUUCGGAAAGUGAAUGAAGCUUUUGAAGCAUUGAAAAGACGGACAUGUCCGAACCCAAAUCAAAGACUACCCAAAGUGGAAAUUUUACGGAACGCUAUAGAGUAUAUUGAGAGUUUGGAAGAUCUUCUACACGGGAACAGGAUGGCAGUGGGACCGCGGGUGGAUGACCAUUGCAAUGACAAUGGGUCCACAAGUGGCAGUUCUGACUAUAUGACCGUGAACAGUCCACAGUUUUACGCUGAUAAGCUGCACCACCUUGGCGAACAGCACAACGGUUAUUCCCACACAAACGGUUAUGAGCAGCAAUCGUCUAACGGAGUGUCAAGUCUCGACUGCCUUUCUCUCAUUGUAGAGAGCAUCAGUUCUCAAGGCUCCUCACAUAUGUUGAACGGCAUGCCACCAGGUGAACGCCCUCUAUAGACCUGAGGUAACAUUUGUACCGGUUAGGUAGAUCUUACGUCCACACACCCGUGUCAAUGGCUACCAUUUCAGGUGUUAUCAUAGACAAUGGACGAAAUUAUGUGCCAAAUAUGAUGUCAUAGAGCGUUUGAUGUGGACAGGACGUAAAAGCGAAGAUGUCUUGACCGUUUCAUAAAUGACACUUAUGUAAAGUGAUAUGAUUGACACUGUGGUCAAAGGCAAGCAAUGAAUCGUUAUGCAAGGAUCGUGCUUUUGGUGCCGAACAAGAAUCACCUACAUUAAUGCAAAACCGAAAACACAAUAUGUUUUUACAUUAUGGUGAUAUGUUUGGUGCUACAAAAUGAACGUUGCUCAAUAUACCCAUGAAAACAUGAUAAUUGUAUUGAACUGGUCAUAAUAAGCCUACAGAUUUAAUUGUUCAGCAUUGUUCUGUACAUUAGAAGUGUUCUAAACAAUACAGUUUAAUAUUGCUACUCAGUAUAUUAUGAGCAAAAACAAUAGACUAUACUCGGUAUAUAGUCAUAAAGAUUAAGUGGUGUUCUAUUUUCAACGAAAAAAAAUGAAUGGUUCACUCUAUACAAAAACAGACAAUUAGCGGUUAUCUGUAUACAUACAAAAACAGACAAUUAACGGUUAUCUGUAAACAUACAGCAACAGACAAUUUAACGGUUAUCUGUAUGCAUACAACAACAGACAAUUAACGGUUAUCUGUAUACUUACAACGACAGAGAAUUAACGGUUAUCUGUAUGCAUACAACAACAGACAAUUAACGGUUAUCUGAGUACAUACAACAACAGACAAUUAACGGUUAUCUGUAUACUUACAACGACAGACAAUUAACGGUUAUCUGUAUACAUGUGUAUACAUACAACAACAGACAAUUAACGGUUAUCUGUAUACUUACACCGACAGACAAUUAACGGUUAUCUGUAUACAAACAACAACAGACAAUUAACGGUUAUCUGUAUGCAUACAACAACAGACAAUUAGCGGUUAUCUGUAUACAUGUGUAUACAUACAACGAUAGACAAUUAAUGGUUAUCUGUAUAAAAAUACAAGUGAUUUCUAUCUGUACGGACUUUCAAACAAUGAAUGGUGCUCAUUAUAUAAAUCACUAUAAUACAUGGUGUCAAGGCAGCAUUCAAUAUUGUCUAGUGAACUACUUCGUCGUCCUUGUAUGGUUAAUAAUGGGGAAAAUACGUUUUAAUAAUAGUUUCCCAAUGAAAACAGGUUAACUAUUCACCCGAGUUUGUAUUUCUUGGUAAUAGUUACGAAAAAGCAUUUUGUUCUGCUUAAUUGUACUUAAGUUUUAAUUUAUUCAUGUGUUCAACUUUUCACCAUAUUCAAUGGGUGACAACCCAAAACAUCAUUCAUCGAAAUGUUUUAAGAUUCUUAUACAUAUCAAGAUCGCCUUUCUCUUCAACAUCUAUUUUUGUCACAUUUGAUGUUACUCAACUGUAUGUUAAAUGAAGAAACAUAUAUAAUAUGUAAAUAUUAUUCAAAGUGCUACAUGAUAAAGUCAUAUGUUUGUCUCUGUCCAUACUAAUGUGUGUGUUAGUACAAAAAUGUUGUCACCUAGAUGGAAAAUAUCAAAUAUUGAAUGUCCUUGCUUUUGUUUUAAUACAUUGUUCAAAUGUUUGAAGUUAUUAAAUCAUAAAGGGUUCGGAAUCUUUAUUCAAGAAGCACAGUAAUCAUUUAAGUAUUUAAGAACACAAUUUGAAAUUAGUUACUUAAUAUGAUUAUUUAAAUCUAAUUUUGAUUUCAAGACAGUUUUGUAAAAUUAUUCCAUUUAAAAAUCCAUAGCAUUGCUUUGCAAAUAAUCAAUUUGAAAUGUAUCAAAUUUUUAAAACAAAAAUUAAAUAUGACUUCUGACACUUGAACUAUGUGCUUAAAACCUGUGGCGUUCUGACUUUGAUUUCACAUUGUCUUUGGUUUUAUUUGAACUGUUACUAUUUUUGAUUUAUAA